AGACGGCGCCUCCUGAUUGGCCCCUGGGCGCGGCCGGCUGCCGGGCAACGGUGGCGGCGGCAGUGGCGGCGGCGGGCGCGGGGUGGCGGGUGCCGCUGCCGCGGCGCCAUGUCGGCGCGGACGCUGCCGCUGCUGUUCCUCAACCUGGGCGGGGAGAUGCUCUACAUCCUGGACCAGCGCCUGCGCGCCCAGAGCAUCCCCGGCGAGAAGGCCCGCAAAGAUGAAUGGACAGAUGUGGACAGGAAACGAGUUAUGAAUGACAUCAUCACAACUAUGUUCAAUAAAAAAUUUAUGGAAGAGCUGUUUAAACCACAGGAACUCUAUUCCAAGAAAGCUCUGAGAACAGUGUACGACCGGCUAGCUCAUGCUUCAAUCAUGAGACUGAAUCAGGCAAGCAUGGAUAAGCUGUAUGACCUUAUGACUAUGGCUUUCAAAUACCAAGUUCUCCUGUGUCCUCGGCCCAAGGACCUACUGCUAGUCACUUUCAAUCAUCUGGACGCUAUCAAAGAUUUCAUACGAGACGCCCCUAGCAUUCUCAACCAGGUGGAUGAGACAUUCCGGCAGCUGAUUGAGAUGUACAGCUCGCUCUCUGAUGGUGAAUUUCAACUGAUCAGGCAAACACUCCUCAUUUUUUUUCAAGACAUGCACAUAAGGGUCUCCAUCUUUCUGAAGGAUAAAGUACAAAACUCCAAUGGCCGCUUUGUGCUGCCAAUAUCAGGCCCUGUUCCAUGGGGUACAGAAAUUCCAGGACUGAUCAGGAUGUUUAAUCACAAUGGAGAUGAAGUUAAAAGAACUGAAUUCACCACUGAUGGAAAUUAUGUUAUUCCACAAAGGGAAGGAUCUUUUGAUCUUUAUGGAGACAGAGUCCUUAAACUUGGAACAAAUAUGUACAGUGUUAGCCGGCCAGUAGAGACACACAUGGCAGGAUCAUCCAAAAGUUUGGCAUCCCACGCAAAGGAGAAUAUAGCCCCUAAUCCUCUUGCUAAAGAAGAAAUGAACUUUUUGGCCAGGCUAAUAGGAGGCCUGGAGAUCAAGAAACCCGGUGGCAGUGAGACAGGAUUUCGACUAAAUUUGUUCACAACAGACGAGGAGGAGGAGCAUGCAGCACUGACGAGACCAGAGGAGUUAUCUUACAAAGUUAUCAACAUAGAAGCCACUCAGGACCCGGGGCGGCAGGAGCAGCUGGCCCGCAUCCUCGGGGAGCUGGAGGUGCCGGAGCAGCGCCCGGCCGGCACGGCCAAGGGCGAGGACCUGCUGGCGCUCAUGGACGGGCUCUGACCGCGCGGCACCGCUGAACCAUUAAACGCGCUGAUCCCA